AAGGAAGGAAGCAAGGAAGGAAGAAAGGAAGAACGGAAUGGAAUUUUAUUCAAGAAGCGCACUAAUGCGGGAAGUCCGAGCUCGGUGAUUUCCGGACGCGAUCGGCUGUUUCCGGCACGGCGGCCCUCCCGAACUAAACCAUUCAUUCGAAAGAGCGAGAGGCGGCCGUUAGACGAGGAGGGGGAUAGGAAGGUGGGUAGGCGCGAGUGAAAUGGUUCGGGCGCGAGCAGGACAAACAGCGCCAGCGAACGAGCGAGUGAAUGAGAAAAGGACGAAGGGUAGGGCAGGAGGAAAGGAGAAGGAAAGUGGCUAGGCGAGAGAGGCAAGAGGGGCGAAAGAGAAUACGCGAGAGAGGUAGGCACGGCACGGCCGAUUCGAGAAGGCUGGGUAGACUGGUAGGUUGGCAGGCAGGAGUAAGAAAGUGAGGCAUAGCAAUACUGACUAGCAGCAGUCAGACUGGCCGGCCGCGCUGUAGUUCGCGGAGCACUCCUAGCGAAUCGACAGCAGAUGUGGCCAGUUAGCUCGACGCUGUGUGCUCGUCCGGAGUACCGAGGAUUUCGAUGCACCGACCGAAUCCGAAUGCAGUGAACGGCAGACAGCGACAACGACCGACCGUAGCUGACGAGCUUAGUGACCCUCUAUCGCCAGCGCGACGAGGGUUCGUUCGGAAUGACGCGAGCGUGAGCAGAAACGUCUAACCGUUUGACACACGAGUCGCGGCCGAUAACAAAAACAGAGAGAUAGAGAGAGAGAGAGAGAGAAAGCGUGUAAGAGGUAGAGAAAGAGCGACAACUAGAUAAAUAGAGUUACCUGGUUAGACACGGCGAACACAUCGACGCAUGCAAUGGACAGGUGACAAAGGUGUUGAGGGGCAUAGAGCCGAUCAAUCGGUGGGACACAGAAGAGGAAAAGAAAAAUCGAAUGGAACAGUCGGUCGCGCGCCACCACCAAGAACGCAGUGACCGUCGUACCUCGUACCUGUCCGUCGGUGGCCGAAGACUUGUCCGAUCGCGAGUCGGUAGUGAUGUGGCAACGUUGCCGGUGGUUCGCGAGCGGAGGAGUCAGUCGUCGCUCGGCUGUUCUGUCGUAGUCCGUGUCUGACAGUGCGGUGCCGCUGCCGAUAUAACCGCGAGACGGGGCCCGUCAAGGGCCCACGAGCGAAAACACCGCGCGGUGUGUCACGAUGACAGACUCGAGAGAGCCGCGAUCGAGCAGCACAGGUAUCAUCAUCAUCGCCGCCGGGAUCAUCCGAGAGACACGUCGCACGUUGCUGUACUACGACAGUCAGCUCGUACUCGUUGUGUAAAAUAGUUCACGGGAGUGGAGAGAGUCGGUCGAGUUCGCUCGCUGGUUGGCUCUCGCGGGAGGUAGUAACAGUGCCGAGCCGUAUAAUCACGGUGUGUCGUUUUUUUUCGUCUCUCUCGCCGAGAGAGCGAGAGCGAGAAAGAGAGAUAGAUAGAUAGAAAGAGAAAGAGAGAUAGAGAGAGCUGGUCGUCGUCUUGCUUUGGUGUUCUUCAUCGUGGAACACACACCGGAGAGUUCCUAAAAGUGCGCCCGCGCGUUUCUAUACGCGUACACGGUCGCGUCUGCUCGAGCGUCGAGGGACGAAUGAGUGCGUGAAUCGUGACACAACACGUCGCGUCCGAGCGUGUACGGACACACGGCAAGAGAGAGAGAGAGAGAAAAGUCAUUCGGUCCGGUGUCUCCCUCGCUCUUUCUCUCUCUGUCUCCCUUGCGUGGUCGAACUUUACGCCGUCGUACACGCUUCGGCCCCCACCCGUCGGCCGUGAGACUGUUCCUUUCUCCCUCUCUCUCGCACCAGGGCCCAUUUAUCUAUCCCGUGUGUAUCGGCCGUGCGUCUGUCUCUCGCGGUCUACCGACAUUCCGUUUCUCUGUGUGCGGCUGCCAGAGUUUUCACUGGCGCGACACGGCACGCGCGCACGCACGCACGAACGCACGCACGCAUCGGCGCAACACACGACACGGGACACGUAAACGAAACCGGCCGCCGCCACUACCACCGCAACCAAGAGAGAGCAAGAGGGAGGUAGAGAGAGAGAGAGAAAGAGAGAACGGAAGAGAGAGAGCGAGAGGGCAAGGGAGAAAGAUAGUUCAAGCCAGUCACGGGAGUGUCAAAGAUCCGAGGAAAAAUCACGGGCAUGGGAACAGUGUGUGCCGCGGACUGAAAAACAGUGCGCGAACGACCGGUUGUCCCGUGUUCCAACCGUGCCGCGGUGAAUCUUUUUCGCUCGCCUUGCAUUUCGUGUGUGUGCGCGCUGCUGCACCUCUCCGUGUGUCCCUUUUACCGAAGGAGGAAGAGAGGUUAGGUUAGGCUAGGACAUCACACGCGUACAUACAUAUAUUCUACACACACACACACACACACAGAGAGACGGGAUAUAUAUUUCUCUCUCACUCGCGUCACCCCCGGCAAACUACGUCCGUCCCUGUCUCGCUCCUCUCUUUGCCCUCCCCCUCUCCUUGUCUGGCGCACGCGAAGAGGAACGCAGCAGACACGAGAGAGAACCGAGCGAACUACCACCACACGCAGCCCAGGACAAUCGGGGAAAGAGAAGGAAAACACAAAUGCCGAUCGCCGGUGGAAUUCUGGUCGCUGGAACCGCGGCUCAUUGCCUGUCUUCCGCCGCUGGCAUGCUUCGAUUCCUCGCUAGACUUUCAGGGAGGCGGCGGCACGUGCGACGUAGCUCGGGGCCAGGUGGUAGAGCUCGUGCCGUUGAGGAAACAGAAGAGGCUGCUGCUGCUGCCGCUGCUGCUGCUGCUGCCGGCGCUGCUGCCGCUGCUGCUGCUGCUGCUGCUGCUGCUGCUGCGGCCGCUGCUGCUGCUGCCUGCACCGCUGUCGUCGUUGCUGCGGGGGUGGGAGAAGGCUGCUCGAGCCUGGCUGGCGAAGGUAGGGGAGUAGGAGGAUGCGAAGUAUCGGUCGGAGCGAGCGUGCUCGAGGAGGUCAGUUCACCGGUGGCGGAUGGCGAGGUCUGCUGCAGCGACAGCAGUACCACCAACUACCACCACCGACCCCAUCACCUCCAUCAUCCUCAACAACAACAACAGCAGCAGCAACAACAUCGUCGCUACGGACACCACCGUCACCAGCAGCGCCACCGAUGUCACCAGCGAAGGGACACUGUGGCAGCGGCUAGCGACGAGCUGCUCGUCGUCGACGAGGAACCCGACGAUGAGGCUCUGUGCCAGGAACAGCCAGCCGACGCUCGUCACCGCGACAUCCACGAGCUCCAUCACCUCCAUCACCACCACCACCAUCAUCUCCACCGACUCCACCAUCGACCUCAUCACUCGCCCCGGCCACCUCGGCAUCAUCAUCAUCAUCGUCACCUGCACACGACGCAAGAACGGCUGCCGGACGACAGGCCACCCAGCGACCGGGAACAGACCCGAGAGGACGACGACGUGGACGUCGAUCGCGUCGCACGAACCACCGACCGUCACGCGGAUGGUACCACCGCCGACAACCCUGCCACCGUCACUGCCAUGACGAGAGGAUGCAGGAUCCCACCCUACCUCGCCACUCUACUCAUCCUCUCCUACACGCUCUUCGGCAUAGCAGACGCCUGUUCGUCGCGGUCGACGCCGAAGCCACGGCCGCCGACGCCGACGCCUCGACCGAACAUCACAUUCCACAUGUACACGUGUCCACCGGAUUAUGCGGAAUGGUACUGCCUGAACGGUGCCACAUGUUUCACUGUCAAAAUCGUCGAUUCCCUCCUGUACAAUUGCUUAUGCGCGAACGGCUACAUCGGGCAGAGGUGCGAGUUUAAGGAUUUAGAUGGUUCCUAUUUGCCUUCCCGGCAGCGUGUAAUGUUGGAGACGGCCAGCAUCGCCGGCGGUGCCACGAUAGCAGUAUUCCUCGUCGUUAUCAUUUGCAUAGCGGCUUACAUCCACUGCAAGCGAAAGCAAAAGGAAUUGCGAUCGAGUAACUGCGUCGACACGGUGGAUGGUCCUGGCCGAGAUCCGGAGCUGAGGCCGUUUAGCAACCGCAGCCGCUCUCUGAGGAUCUUCAUGACCAAGAAUCCUAAUAGCUCGGCGGCGAUCGAGCAAACGAGAAUGCCCGGAUGGAACAGCCCGGAAGCGGAGUCGAUGAGAAUGGCGUCGAUCAGCGAGGGCAAGCAUUCGAAUCAAUAAUAGCCAAUCUGGUGCCUAAUUCCGAACGACACGGACCGACGGCGUCUGGGCGUAGAUCAUCCUCGAUCGCCGAGAGACACGGACGCGUCCACGGAACGAAUCGACCGCUUUCGCCCAUCUCCAAUGCUUUCUGUCUCCGUCCAUGGACUACGUUUACGUUUCCCUUCGGUUCCUCGUCGGCUGAGAUCUCUCCUCUCUCUGCGAAACCGAACUCUGUGACGAGGAUCAUCGACCGAUCCGCGAGCUUCGGCAUCCUCGAAACCGUCUAAAAGACUUGUGGAUCCCAGGCGGAAGAGAUCGAAGAGGAAUCGUCGAAUGGAAGCCGCGUAGCUCAAACUUGAAAUAGAGCUGGACCUCUCGGAAGAACAAAGAACGAGGAAAGUGGAAGAAAGGGGGGCUUUAAAAAUAAAAGCCGUCGCGGACACUCGUCUAGAGAGAGGGAGAGAGAGCGAGAGAGAGAAAGAGAGAGAGAGUGUGUGUGUAUGUGUGUGUGUACACACCCGGUAAUUCAUUGUUCCUAUCCGGACGAAAGUGAAACAUAGUUUUUAGAUCAGACAAUAAUAAUAAUCGAAGAAACAACAAAAAACUAGGCAGCAGAGAUAAGGAAAACAACAACUGUAACCAACAGUAGCGGCUAGCGACGAGAAAAUCUACGAGUUCUGUUCUCCCGGCUUCUUCGAGGAAGGAGAAGCGUUUUCCAGUGGAUCAGCUUGCAGACAAUUCUUUGUGACUUUCAAUGUCCUGUCGUUUCUUCUUUUCUCUCCUCGCGCUUCUGCGUUGUUUUCUUGUUCUUCUCGAUCUGUCGGUCGGUUCAGCGGAAGUUCCUCUUGCGAAGUAACAGAGAAGAGAUAGAGAGAAAGAAAGGAAGAAAGAAAGAGAGAGAAACGAUCGCGGCUCGAGAGAGUGCUCUUUCGCCGGAGAUUCCUCGAAAAAUGUUCGUGUUCCGGCUUUGUUCUCUCUGUUCGUCUCGGUUCGUCGGUUCCUAGACAGACGAGAGAGCGCGUGUUCCCGUGUGCGCGAGCGAGUGUGAAUGAGAAACAUCGUGCGCGGGUGUGUGGGUGGCUGUCCGCUCGAUAGACGAUUAUUUAUUUAUUCGGAAGCUCGUCCCGGCGCGGAAUAAUCGGAGGAUCACGGCCGAUCGAACGUGUGUCGCGUCCCGUGGAAACGAUUGGUGCUCAUGAAAUGUCGUUUUUCGAUCCAUCGACGUGUCCUCGUUUUAUUCUAAUACGCUCCACGCUAUAUCUAAGACAACGCCAAAGAGAAUCCAAAACGAUAUACCCCUUACCCCGUGUAUCCUACAUAGUUUAUCCCAGUAAACGAACGCGUUCAAGGGAACAAGGUGUACCCAGGUCCUCGAGGAUCGAGCGCGGUUCAUCAGAAUGAUAGUGCGCGGAACCAUGGCAAAACAGUCGCUUCAGUCGUGUUAAGAUUUUCCAAAAGCUCGACGAUUGGGAAAAACGAUGUUCCAUAUACCGGGAUCCGAUUCCGGAAGAGAAACGCGGCGCGCGGGGAAGGUAUUCGCUUGCGAGAACACUGAAAAGAUUGCAGUAGUUUCGCGACAGUCGCAAUAGACGUCCACGCCAUCCCUAUAUAAAAUGUACACUGUCUGCCUCAAGCAAGAUGGACAGCUUUUAUGACCAUUGAUGCUUCUUUUGGAAACGAUCAAUCAAAAGUAAGUAAAAAAGUCUGGCUCCAGAUUGUUCAUUGCAUAAUUACAGAGAUCAACAUAUACACAGAGAAACUGAUUGAAUACCUCCAUUUAUCAGGAAAUAUAAUAAAUCAUACAAAAUUCGAAUCAAUACAGACUGGUUUUGCAAAGCAAUAGAAACCACGAUUAUCUUUACAAAACAAUCCAAACUGGUACAACAUAGUAUUUACGAUGCAAUAGACAGUGUCAGUUAGCGAGUACCUUUUCCGUUCGCCAAAGUGUCCUCCGAUUACUUCAGACGUCAUGAUUGCGUCACUUCAGCGUGGUCCGUCGCGGACGAGCAUCUUCGAGGAUGCCCGAUCGAGAAAUCAGGGAGAUCCGGCAAAGGAUCGAGGGACAGCAGUGUACGUUCGGUGUGCAGUACCAAAAUGGCGCACGACCUUGGCCGAGACUCACCCCCUGGAGCCCCCAUUGUAAAUAGUAAAUUAUCCGUGCGCAGGGCCAGCCGAUCGACUCGUUCUCAACCCCCAUGGAAUUUAUCUGAGCCGCGUGAAUCGCCGUUUGUAGCGGACAAACUACAAUCAAUGACGCUUCGAUUAAGCCCCCCUCCCCUAGCCCCCUUGGACCCUCGGAUGUACCCCUCUGUGUGACGACAAAUAAAUUUCACGGGGAGAGACGAGUCGGUUGGAUGACAGGGGUCGCGUGAGAGAUCGCCGGGUCGCGUGCUCCGCACCACCGAAAAUAACCAGCCGCGCUGGUUUUCAAGAGAAUGAGAGAGAAUCUGAAUGAAUCUGAGAGAGAGAAUCUGAAAGAGAGAGAGAGAGAGAGGCGAACCGAAAAGAAAAUAUAUGUUCCGUCGCCGAAGGCGACGCCGUCCCGAGGAGUGUUGCGCGGAAGAUACACGAUAUUUUUCUCGUCGUUCGUACCUAGAGAGAAAGAGAGCGGGAGAGAGAAAGAGAGAGAGAGAGAGAGAGAGAGAGAAAUAAAGGGAGAAGUCUAUCCGUGUAGAACGGUGAUUUGUAUAUUUGUAGAUACUGCGGAGUGAGGAGAAGCUUCCAAACGCUCUAUGAGAUCGUCUGCUCUUCUUGUGUCUUAAUGGGUCGCGAACAGUCAGCCCCCUUGCACCCCUUUGCUUUCCACCCCCCUGCUGAUCUUUCAGCCCCCGCUGCUGGCGAGACUAUAAGCAUAGUUCUCUCCAGAAUGAAUUUCGGGGAGAACGAUCAGGGGAGCGAAACUGAAGAGACAAGAAUUGGAGACGAAGUUUAGGUCGCGAGAAGAGAAGAGGCCUAACAGAGAAGUUGUGUUUCUCGGGGAUGCCCCCGACAUUAAUUUAUAAAUAGUCUUAAUUAACGUGGAGAAACGGCGUCAUUCUAAUUUAAUUUUCCUCCCCGCACAUGCGAUACACACAUACACAACAUGUACACUGACACACACCCACGAACACAGACAAGAUGCCCAGACCCCCAGAAUCGUACGUCUCAUACUUUGUACUUGGUUCCUAAUUUAUUCUUACUUUCUCGUAAUUAAUUAAUUAUCACGAUUUAAUUAUUCUUACUAAUUUACGAUCAUUAGUUAACGAUCGAUCAAUUUAUUCAUUUUCUUUUUCCAUUUUUUUUUGUCUUCUUCUUUCCUCUUUAAUUAUUACCUAUCGAUCGGAACUCGAUUAAUCAGUUAUUCCUAAUAAACUAGCUCUCGCGUAUUUUGGUUAACGAUACGUUUUAAGGACACGAUUUAUUAUUUAUGAGUAGAGAGACGAAACGAGGAGGUGAACGGACGCGGCGAGGAUCGCGAGGCGACCCUAAACAGGCUAGACGGUCUGCCACUUUUCUUUCUUAGAUAUCUUUGGAUCGGCGAAAGAUGAUUUAACGAAAUUAUCCAGUUCUAGAUCGACGAAGGAAAUUACUCGAAAUUGAGUCUGUAGAAGAUUGCGACAACCUGCGAUCUACGAUUCGUUGAUCGAAGCGUCGGGGGGGAUUGAGGACCCCGCAUGAUCGUUGGAUCACAAUCAUUGACCAUCCUUUAGCUCUCGGGUCCAAGAACCAUUAUGCUUUACGUUUUUCAAGCAAAGUAUCAGCAAAAACGAUCUACAAAGAUCACUCGGUGGACCGGCUAGAACUGUGUCGCGACCAAGCCGCGAUCGAUCGAUCGCUCGCUCGAGACCCAGGAUCCGAUUUCCCCGUGAUUUCCAUAUCAGAAGCGACCCGUUGUCACCAACCGAUCGCUCGAUUUUCCAUUGUGUUCAACAUUUUUCAUUUUUUCCACGGGGAGCAGAAAGAAAAGAGGAUAGUUUCGCCUCGAUCGAGAGCGAUCGGUCGAGUUCUCCGCGAUCCAGCGAUCGUUUGAAGCGUGCAGACAGAGUGGUGGCAUUUUAGUACAUCAGACAGCGCCGUGGCCGUGUGAUCGCGCGGAUCUAAGCGAACAAGAGGACCAGGAAGAGAGGGAAUAGGAGAGAAAAGAGAGAGAGAGAGAGAGGGGGGGAGAGAGAGAGAGAGAGGGUGAGGAAAAUAAACUGCUCAGCCUGGAAAAGCGUAUUUGAUCUGGACGAAAGAAAUCUGACAAUUUUCUUUGGGUCAUCAGCUGAGCGUCGAAGAAGACUGCCGAUGGGGAUUGAUCGACGAGAAUUCUCGAGGCGACCGGAACUUCGAAAUUCGCGAUCGGCCUCGAUCAAAGCUCUCGAUCAAUCUUCUGAUCGGCUUCUUUCUUCGCUUCCGAUUCUCUCUUUCUCCAAUGCCAUCCUGGCGAGGUUCUAUCAGCCAUUUGUUCCUCCCUCGCUUCCACGAUUCGCUUGUUCGUCGAGUGUUGUUUAUUUAACAAUAAAACGCGUUCUCUUUAGUUCUCCGUUUUAAUUUCUGGACGGAGAUCCGCUCGCGCUCGGGGACACGCGUCGGAUCUCCCAAAACGAAAUUGUCUCGUGUUCCCAUCGUGAAUCGCGUGCGCUUUAAACAUGACGGCGGAUGGUAGGUACCCCCGUCCGACAUUACCAAAUCCGUACUGUAUCGCGCGGUAUGCUGUUCGUUGUAAAUGUACCAAAGACAAUGUCGAUUAACUGACAAAUAAUUUAGUUUAUUUAAAUGCAAAGGAUGAAAGAGUGGGAGAGAGAGAGAGAGAGAAAAAGAGAGAUAGAGACGCGUAUAGCAGAUAGAGAGAUGAAGAGAUAGGAGGUUGAGAGAUAGAUGCGAGAGAAGGGGUUGAAACGUUCCCUUUUCGUGGAAGGAUUUGAAGAGGGAGCGACCAAGAAUUAAAUGCGGGACAUAUAUAUUAAUAUACGAAAGUUAUCUAUCCAAAGGAAGCUGCUAAAGUGUCAUUUAGCUAGACGAGAUUGAUCAAUGGGAUCCGCAAUGUUGCAUCGAAACAUUGUUAUUAUUUUUGUAAAGAAACCAUGUACAUGUAUUAACUUAGCGUGCUCUGCGUAUGGAAGCUUACGAUAUGUUGAUUAUUAUUAUUAUUGCUAUUAUUAUUAUUAUUAUCUAUUUUUAUUAUUAUUAUUAUUAUUAUUAUCUAUUAUUAUUAUGAUUAUGAUUAUUAUUAUAUUGAAAGGAAUAAAAACUUGUAAUCUUGUUUCCCGAAAUGUUUAAAUAGCAUAAAUAUCGAGAUCUUACACGUUA